AUGGAGGAAUUAGCGCAACGGUAUCACCACCUGCAAGAUGUACCAGCUGAUUCUUACCGCAACGUUCGGCCACGUAUGCUCAUUGGAAUGGACAAUAUUCGUCUGGGUCAUGCGCUGGAUAGCAGAGAAGGAGGAAUCAACGAACCGAUCGCCACUAGAACUCGACUAGGCUGGAUAGUGUUCGGGCCUUGCUCAACAUCAACACAAUCAGCGGCGGACUUCACGGGACACCAUAGCUUCCAUCUGUGCCAGUGCUGUGAGCGGAACGAUACCGACCUUCACAAUGCCGUGAAGGCCUAUUUUUCGCUGGACAGCCAAGGAAUAAUGAGCCCUAUCAAAUCGUUGUUAUCGAAAGACGACGAGCGAGCUAAUCGGCUGAUGGUAUCCCUAACUCACCUGAAGGACAAGCGAUAUGAAACGGGUCUGCUGUGGCGUUACGAUGAUGUGCGACUUCCGGACAGCAAGUCAAUGGCCAUGCGGCGGCUGCUAUGCUUGGAGAAGCGGAUGCAGCGUGAACCUCAACUAGCUGAAGCGCUGAAGAAUAAGAUCCGGGAGUACGUGCGCAACGGGUACAUCGAGAAGCUAACAGAGAGUCAACUAUCAGAGCAUUUCCCCCGCGUAUGGUAUCUUCCCAUCUUCCCCGUGGUGAAUCCUAACAAGCCGGGAAAACUACGGAUCGUAUGGGACGCGGCAGCCAAAGUGGCGGGUACGUCACUGAACUCUUUCCUGCUCACCGGUCCAGAUCAACUCACAUCCCUUCCAUCGGUGCUACGACGUUUCCGAGAGUUCCGGAUUGCCGUCACCGGCGACAUUCGGGAAAUGUUCCACCAAGUGAUGGUGAACAAGGACGACCAGCAGUGCCAGCGAUUCCUGUGGCGUGACGGCGAGCAACGAAGUCCAGAUGUCUACGCGAUGAAGGUGAUGACGUUCGGGGCUACGUGUUCGCCAAGCUGCGCGCAAUAUGUGAAAAAUCACAACGCGCGAAGAUGUCAGGAACGGUAUCCGAGAGCUGCUGAAGCAAUAAUCAACGAGCACUACGUCGACGACAUGCUGUCAAGCGAGGAGACGGAAGAAGAUGCUGCGAAGCUGGCGAAAGACGUUCGUUUCGUUCACGCUGAGGCGGGAUUCGAAAUACGCAACUGGCUGUCUAACUCGAAACGCGUGCUACAAGAAUUGGAAGCGAAGCCCGGCGAAAAACGCUUGAACCUUUCAAGCGAGAUGGGAACUGAGAAAGUUCUCGGCAUGUGGUGGUGUACCGCCUCCGAUACGUUCACCUACAAGGUAUCGCCACGGAUUAGUGCGGAUCUACUACAGGGUCACAUCGUGCCGACUAAACGACAGAUCUUGAGUACGCUGAUGAUGAUCUACGAUCCACUGGGACUGCUGGCGAACUUUCUUAUGUUCCUGAAAAUGCUGCUGCAGGAGAUUUGGCGAAGUCGCGUCGAUUGGGACGACCAGAUCAAGGACGAACAGCUCAAGAAAUGGAGGAAGUGGCUGCAAGUUCUGCCACAGGUGGAAAUUGUUAGCGUGCCAAGGUGUUACCGGAUGAAGACCAGCAUCGGACAACAGAAUGUGAUCCAGCUUCAUGUGUUCGUGGAUGCGUCGGAAAACGGAUAUGCGGCGGUUGCGUAUCUGCGAUUUGAAGAGAAUGGCGUAGUGGAAUGCGCACUUGUCGGCGCGAAGGCACGAGUAGCUCCAUUGCGGUUCGUGUCGAUCCCUAAGCUAGAACUUCAGGCAGCGAUAACCGGAGCUCGUUUGGCGAACGACAUCAUGGAGACCCACAAGCUGAAGCCUGCGCAAAGGUUCUUCUGGUCGGAUGCUCGAGACGUUCUCUGCUGGCUUAAUUCAGACCACCGAAAAUACAGUCAGUUCGUAGGAGUGCGUGUCGGUGAACUGAUGGAACUGACGGAGACGAAAGAGUGGAACUGGAUAUCGACCAAACUGAACGUCGCCGAUGACGCUACCAAGUGGCAAAAAUCACCGGAUCUGUCACCUUCAACCCGUUGGUUCCGAGCACCAGAAUUCUUGUGGAAGUCGAGCGAACAGUGGCCAGCGCAACCGUCGGAGUUCGAAGAAACCGCCGAAGAGAUGCGGCCGCGGGUACUCCAUCACUUUGCGCAGUCUGCAGUCUUUCGGUGGGAAGACUUUUCAUCGUGGAAGGAUCUGCUGCGUCGCGUGGCAUACGUGCGAAGGUAUCCGGCGAAUCUGCGAAGGAGGCAAGCGAGAAACCAAUCGUCACCGGUCCGCUAA